CGUCCCCUUUAAAUCGUCCAGCUGAGCGCAGUCAGGAAGUAGCGCAGGGAGCUGCGCGUCAUCAACACACUCACGUUUGUUUAUUUUCGCGUCUCUCGUCUGCUCUAAGAUCGUGAGAGUGGGGGUUCCUGUUCUUCAGGGAAGGCCAUCUCUCUCCUAGUUUCAAGGUUGACGGAGUGACAUUUUUUCGGGAGCAUGGCCGACGGUCCAGAAGCUGAUGCGGACGACCCGCCCAGUAUUCCCUUCCCUCCGCUCAUCACUGUGUCGGAUCUGCCCGGAGCCACUGCUGCAGGGCGUAACCUAAAGGAAUGGCUCCAGGAGCAGUUCUGCGACAAACCUCUGGAGCAGGACGACAUGCGGCUCCACAACGCGGCCUACGUCGGAGAUCUGGACACUCUGAGGAACCUGCUGCAGGAGGACGACUUCAAACGACGCAUCAACGAGAAGUCCGUGUGGUGUUGCGGCUGUCUGCCCUGUACCCCUCUGCGGAUCGCCGCCACAGCAGGACACGCCGCCUGCGUGGCGUACCUGAUCGCCCAGGGAGCCGAGGUGGACCUCGUGGAUGUAAAAGGUCAAACAGCUCUCUACGUCGCUGUCGUUAACGGUCACCUGGACUGCGUCCGGAUCCUCCUCGAAGCCGGAGCCGAUCCCAACGGAAGUCGUCACCACCGCAGCACCCCGCUGUACCACGCUGCACGGGUGGGCAGGCUGGAUAUACUGCAGGAGCUCAUCAGGUUCAAUGCCGAUGUUGACAUGGACCACCAGCUGGGUCCGCGGCUCCUCUUAAGCGCUCGCACCCUCAACACUCUGGUGGUGUGCCCUCUCUACAUCAGCGCAGCAUACCACCACCUCCACUGUUUCCGGCUGUUGCUCCAGGCCGGCGCUCAGCCCGAUUUCAACUACACUGGGCCUGUCUGCCAGGAGGCUCUGACCCGUGGCCUGGCCUCCUGCCUGCUGGAUGCUGUGCUGCGGCAUGGUUGUGAGGUGGCCUUCAUCCACCUGCUGCUGGACCACGGGGCCAACCCGGCCCUCGUGCCCUGGGACGAGUCAGAGCUGGAGGCUCCUAAUCGGAGGAAGGUGGAUCCGGAGGCGCUCAAGGUCUUCUUGGAGGCGAAGAAAUGCCCUCGUAGGCUGACACACAUGUGUCGCAUCAGGAUCCGCAAAGCGAUGGGCAAACAUCGUCUGAACCAUAUACCCUCAUUACCACUACCACAGCCCAUCAAGAACUUCCUGCUUCACCAAAACUGACAACCAUCCACCUCUCACCUCUGCGGAGCUCAUCCAACCCGAACCUCAGUCAACCCCGUAUCAAUCCCCAAGAUAAAGCAUUUUUGUGAACACAAUUUGCUUAUGAUUUUCUAAUAUUAAACAGUUAUUGAUACUUUUUUUUUCAAAAGUUUUAAGUUAUGUGACAAUCCUACCUUCCAUCUACUAUAACAAUUUAUUGAAAUGCUUCUUAACUUAUCAGAGAAGCCUUAGAGUGACUUGUGGAAACUAUGUGUGCAUCCUAAACGUUUGCCUGGUGACUUCCCAAAUCACCGGGAUGUGUUCAGGUCCUGCUUCAGUAGCAAUUUUCAGCUUAGAACCACAGUGCAAUCGUCAUUUGGUUUGGAGCAAUCGCUUAUAUAGCCAUGUUUUAAGAUGUCCUGUUCAGAGGCAGAGGAAUAUUACGCAGAUCGGGCUCCUUGAAUUGCUCAUUCAGCCGUUUCAUUGGAUUUUUAGGCCUUUUACCAACUCUCAGCCGGAGUGAAUGCAGAGUGAAGCAACACAGUCUUAAGUGUAAACCCACUGUGACGUCACCCAUUGGUUUGUGGGCUGCAGUUAUGAAGCCUCGAGUUUGGCAUUACGGCUGUUGCCAUGUUUUUUUUUUUUGGAGCUGAAAGUGACCAUAUUUGGACGAGAGGUUCAGGAUAUCCUGAUUUAAAUGCUGUGGUAGUUGAUCACAAGAUAGUAAAGCCCUAAAGCAUACCCUGCUUUAUCAUCCAUUGUUGAAACUAGAGACCAUAAACUCAUUAGGAAACUGCUGACUGAGGUCACAAAUCAAGUGCGAAGUAGAGUUAUUUUCUCAUAAGCUCACAUAGAAACAGACUUCUUUUUGAAACCAGUGGAAUUGCCCCCCUUGUGGCCAUUAGAAAGAAUGCAGGAUUAAAGCACAUUUUACUUGGCUAAAACUUUCAGACAAGAAAGCUGGCCAUACUUUUUCUUUUAAUGGUUAGUGGUUUGUAAUGUAGGUCACUCACUGCGCAUUAUAAGUACUCAAGUGUCAAGUGAAAGGAUAAAGUGCCCUAGACUCUAAUUAGGCUGGUAUCGUAAGAGCUGGACUGUGGGUUAACAGACUACCAACACUGUUGUUCUGUGUUUACAUUUCUCUUUUAGCCAUAGAUUCUUCAGUAACCGUUUGCCUUAACACUGAGUUUUGGAAAAAGGCCUCAGAGAUACUAAAGAUAAAGUAAUAAAGAUCAAAUUAAAAACUGAAGCUGAAAAUGAGCAAUUUAAGGUCAGGGAUCUUGACUGAAACACUGGGAGCAGGUGAAAGAUUUCAAAAGGAGUGAUAUGUCAGAAUUUGAGUAUAAAAAAUUCAAAUAGAGGCCUGGUCAGAGCUGCUGUAAAUCACCUCUGUAUAACCUGUUUUGUGAAAAUUGUCUGGUCCGGCUGUGUUCACUGGCAGGCUGCUGAGGCUGGUUCUGUUGCGUGGUGGUUUGGUUUCUGGCUCUGGUUGUGGUGGUAAAUAUCAGCAUUUGCUCCCCGCUAGCAUUCCACACUGUGUCCCCACCACCCCAGGCCUGAAAUCUCACUCCACCCUGCAGCCCAACACUCUCCUGGUGCUCAAAGCUCCCGGUCCUGGCAGACUUAGCUAAUAGGACCGCUACACAGCUAACUAGCUUACAACAACGACAGUUAGCAGCAGCUAGUGGUUACUCUGAUGAUAAGCUGCCCCAUGAUUUGUCUGGAGUGUGAAUUAGACAGGUGGCCACUUGUUGCAUAUCACACCUUUUAAAGUUUGGUUGUAAUUACAAAUGUAAAUACCACCUUAAAAAAAACACUAUGGAAGGAGAGAUUGUAGAAACAUGUACUGAUUAUUUAAGAAUAUUCUGUGACUGAAAUGUAUUUAUGAUGAAUAGUAUUUACCAAGAAAGCUGCCUUCUCUGUGAGUCUACUGUGCACGUCUCUUGCAGACUUUUGUUUCGUUUUUGUUGUUAACAUGGUCAACAUGAACUAUCUGUGCAUUUUUGCGUCAUAUAUCUUUAUUUGCAUACAGUAAAAGUGCAAUACUUCUA